AUGGCUGACACCGAGGAUGCCGGCGCAUCAGUCUCUGAACCUCUGGACCUAGUCCGCCUAUCGCUGGAUGAGAUCGUCUUCGUAAAGCUGCGCGGUGACCGUGAACUCAAGGGCCGCCUUCACGCAUAUGACAGCCACUGCAACCUCGUGUUGGGCGACGUGGAGGAGACCAUCUAUGUGGUGGAGGAAGACGACAACGAACAGGAGACGACCAGGACCAUUAAGAAGCAAGAAGAGAUGCUGUUCGUGCGAGGCGAUUCCGUCGUUUUGAUCUCUCCCCAGGCCUGA